ACCACGAUCAAGAACUCGCCGGGCAUUGGUCGUUCUCGAGCACCCACAGCCACAGCAGCUCCGGCAACAAACAAGGACCACCCAUGGCCACCUCGACCGCCGCCGUGCUGUCCCCGCCCUCCGUGGCCGGGCUCCGCCUGGCGCCGUCCCCGCGGCGCGCGGCCUCGUUCCGGUCGACGGCCUCCACGGCGAGGCGGUCCGUGGCUGCGCGUGCGGCGUUCGAGCCGUCGGUGGUGAUCAGCCUCAGCACGGGGCUGUCGCUCGGGCUGGGCCGCUUCGUCUUCUUCAACUUCCAGCGGGAGAACGUGGCGAAGCAGGUCCCCGAGCAGAACGGCAAGACCCACUUCGAGGCCGGCGACGUGCGCGCCAAGGAGUUCGCCGGCAUCCUCAAGUCUAACGACCCAGUCGGCUUCAACAUCGUCGACGUCCUCGCAUGGGGCUCCAUCGGCCACAUCGUCGCCUACUACAUCCUCGCCACCACCAGCAACGGAUACGACCCCACCUUCUUCUCCGGCUGAUCUCUCCCUGCCCCUCAACCCGGAGCAGCUUGUUGUAAUCUGCCAUCUUUUCAGUAGUUCUAUACCGUUGAUGAUGUAUGUAUCAUGUAUGUGAGAUGAAUUAAUCUCGACAAGUAGUGCAAGCGCGUGUGUAUAUUGAUUGCCACAUGAAUUUUAUCUCUCUAAUUUCUACA